AUGUUUAGACAAAUAGUCAAUCCAUGUGUUCAGCACAUGUCAGUUAGGCACUAUGCCGGCAAGGCCCCGGAAACCACAGGAAGAGAAGUGCAGCUUCUGAGUCGUCGUGUAAUGAGAAAGAUCCGUAUGGGUAAAGCUCGUCCAGCAAUUUUUUACCAGUUCGAUACCUUGGUGGAAUUAAGUGACGGAAGUGUUAUAAGACGUCGUUCACAGGCUCCUAAGGAUGAAAUCAGAAUGCUCGCCGACCAAAGAAACUCGUCAUUAUGGAACCCUACCCGAUCAGAUUUGAUUGUCGAUCAAAGUCAUACCGGUAAGGUAUCCAAGUUCAGAACUAAAUAUGGUGAUUACGAUAGAGGCGCGGGUUCCGAAGAAACAAACACCACGAAGAGCGACUUGCAAACAGAAGAAGAAAGAGAACAAGCCAGAAAAUUGGCCGCCGAAAGAGAAAGAGAGUUCUUGGAAUUCAUGGGUGAAGGUGCCGAAAUUAUCACUCAUGGUAAACUUUACGAUAAAAAGGCUGACAGAAAGAAGUAG